AUGGCGGCUGAAGAACUAAAUGUAACUUAUAUAACUCUUGGUGGUCAUGUUGAAUUACAUAAAUACAGGUAUGUUUAUUUUCUGAUCAUGUUUACAGUUUAUAUUCUAAUAAUCUGCUGUAAUUCUACUAUUGUUUGUCUGAUCUGGAUUCAUAAAAACCUCCAUGAACCAAUGUACAUUUUUAUUGCAGCUCUGUUAAUGAACUCAGUUCUUUUUAGUUCUGCUCUCUACCCAAAGCUUUUAAUUGAUUUUUUAUCUGAAAAACAGAUCAUAUCAUAUGCAGGCUGUUUGUCGCAGUAUUUUCUCUUUUACUCUUUAGGAGGUUCUGAGUUUUUACUCUUAGCAACCAUGGCUUAUGACAGGUUUGUGUCUAUAUGUAAACCUCUGCAAUAUCACACCAUCAUGAGAAAAACAGAAAUAAUGAUAUUUGUGGUUGCAGCUUGGCUUUUGCCAGUCUGUCAUAUGCUGGUGGCAACUUCAUUGAUUGCUAAUAGAAAACUUUGUUACUUUACUUUAAAAGGAAUUUUUUGUAAUAAUUCACUGUUAAAUCUUCACUGUGUGAGAUCAACAAUCAUAACUAUAUAUGGUAUUUUUGGUUUGUUAGUUUUUGUCAUUUUGCCUGUGUUGUUCACAAUUUUUACAUACAUAAAGAUUCUCAGAAUCUGUUACAAACGUAGUGCAGAUGUGAGGAAAAAAGCUGCAGAGACCUGUUUACCCCACCUGCUUGUUUUAAUGAGCAUUUCAUGUUUGAGUCUGUAUGAUGUCAUUGUGGUUCGACUGGAAUCAAAUAUUCCAAAAAUUCUUUGUUUAAUAAUGACUUUACAAAUUAUUGUGUAUCAUCCUCUCUUUAAUCCGCUGAUAUAUGGACUAAAAAUGAAAGAAAUUUCAAAACACCUCAAAAUGGAAAUAUAG